AUACCUUGAGUUUAUGGCGGGUACUUCUUGCUAUAUGCCAAUUCUUCUAUUUUGCAGAGAAAACGUAUUACAAACAGCAUGUGAUAUUUUUUGAAAUAUUGUUGCUGCACACAGUUAUUUCCCCACCUAAAAUAAGAAGAGAUAAGAAAUUUCCAAGAUGGCAUCAGGUGGUUCACCAUAUGAUGAGUAUAAAGCAAGAAAUUCUGACUACAAGCCAAAGAGCAAUAGGAAACCACCAAGAUAUGGCACUAGCUUUGAAACAGAACUUAGUCUGAAUUCUGAACUUCAAAGGAGUGAAAGCGAGGAACGAAGAUCGUUACCAAACAAUUUGUCAUGGACUGGUGGUGAAGGGUCCAGGGGAAAGAAACCAUCAAGAACUAAAAGUUCACCAGGUGAUCAGUUUUCAUCAGAUAGUUCACCAGCAAGGCUUGCACGGAAGAAACACACUCCAGCAACACUUCCUAGAACAAAAUUUUCUUCAUCUUCAACUGGUACAGCUCAACACCGUGCAAUGGAUAAACUGAAGCAACACCUUACAUUCACUAGUGAAGACGAGAUACAGCAUCGUGAAGAACAACUGUCUCGACAAGCCCAAGCUCCCGUAGUCGACCUCCCUGUUCCUGUGAACAAUGAAAGAAAUCUUCAUCACCAGCAAUCAUUAUCAGCACCACGAAAUGACGAGAGGAAUGGUGGGAGUCCCUUACAAUUUGCUAAAGCCACUAAUCCUUCCAAUCCACCUGCGGACCAAAGCAGAGUUGUUGACAAACUAAAGCAAGUUCGGGGAUACCUGAGACAAGCCACUUCUCUUUAUAUUGCUUUAAGCAGUAAAUCUACUUCCCCAGAUGAAGCAACCGAUGAGGAUUUGGAGCAAUUAGACAAACUGGCGAAACUAAUUCGGGAUCUUAAAGCUCAGGAGAAAGCUUACGUCGAUUUCGUACAGAGAAGCAUUGCCACACAUGGAGAAUCAUCCAUUAACAACACACCUUCAACAAGUGUGAUUUCACUUGAUGGCGAUGACCAGAACGAUGCUGUAUCAGAUCAGAGUGAAGACUUGGAAGGAUUACGUCAGCAACAUGCUCUAUUGCGGCAGAUGGUAGAACAGCAAAAACAGUUGAAAGAACUUCAAGAAAGACAAAAUGCGUUGCUAGAUCUUCAGCGUCAUGCAGAGAAUCAGUUAAAAGAAGCUGAAGCAGAGGGAAGGCGUAUUACAAGUUUAAUGAAUGGACAUACAGUCGAAAAUGAAAGUGCUAGUGGUAGAAGUAGAAGCAACACUGAGAGAUCAGAUGAUUCUCGCUCUUCCCAGCCUGCUGCUGUUGGAUCUGCGAGUAAUAUGCGAGGAGCAACUGGUUUACUCCACGCCAGCAGAGAGCAGGCGCAACCCAACAGAAAAUCCUCUAAUGAACAAAAACCUGAAAACUUUAAGAAUCGAAGAUUACCUGAACGGGCUGCUUGGGUUGCGGAAUCUACCGGUUCACUUACCCCAGACAAUGAGGCCCAAGCCUUGGCUACAGCAGAUGCUGCUCAAGAAAGACUCGAACUCGAAAGUAAAUUGAUGGAUUUACAAGCUAAAAAAGAGCAAAUGGAUGCGCUUGUUCAACAGUUGCACCAGUUAAGAGAAAUGCAACUGGGAAAAGAAAUCGCGUUGCCACAAGAGAGGAGUGUGAACGAGACCACUGAGAAUGGGGACGACGACGUGCCGUUAGCCACAAAAUCUGCAAAAGAUACUGGAGAUAAUGUUGAUGAUGAAAAGAUAUUGGAAGCCUUGCAGCUUCACAGAAAACUAAGGAAACUUCAAGACGUGAGAGAUAAACUUGAAAGACUUAAAGAACUCUUUGACGAACAACAAGAACAGUCUGAAGCUGAAAGUGAGACGGUAACUAGAGUGAACAGAGCACAACGUGUGCAACAGCCAAGGGAGAGUCGAGGUGCUGAAUCUCAACCAAGCGGUUCUAAUCCUGAUGUUGGUGCUGAAUUGGAUGAUAUGCUUCCUGCUGGUAACAUUGAUUGGAUGUUAAAUUCUGGCAUCGAUGAUCCUGAAUUAUUGGAUAAACUAAGGCAAGUGAAGGCGGCGAAAGAGAGAGUUGCUAACCUCAAGCAACGAAAUGAGCAAAAUAACGUUGUACAGCCCCAUGGUAGAGCCGAAGGUGCUGCAAGUUUAGCACAAGCUGUUGCAGCUGAAGAUGGAGGAGACUCCGCCGCUCAAACAGACAACGAGACUACUGCCUCUGUAUCCAGCUCCCUUAUGUGGCAAGAAGAUCCUGAGUUCCAAGAGAAACUUCGGAAGUUGAAUGCUGCUCGAAAGAAACUCAAAAAAUUGCAAGAACUUGUUAAAAAAACAGAAGAGCUUCCAGUAGGUCCAAAUGGUAGACCAUACCUACCUGCAGGCAUUGUAGAAAUGAAUUUCAGUACAGAUGAAGAUGAAGGAGAAGGAGAAGACGAGGAGGAUGAGUCAACUGCAGCUGAAGGUGUAGAUGGUGAUGGUACAAAUGAUGGACGAGAUAGUGAAGAAGAUGCAACAAGUGAAACAUUAGUACAAGAAGAGGCUAGUCAUGCGCAUAGAGGGCAGCAAGAUGAUGGCUAUGGGGAUAGUGAACAAGAAUACAUGGAUAAAUUAACACGACAGCGUGCUGCAUUGAGUCAGCUUCUGGCCGAGAAACAGAAGUUAUUAGAAACACAAGAACAUUUGAAGAGACUGCGACAGAAUGACGCCAUGACACAAACUCGACAGCCAGACCGAAAUAAGCCACUGGAUACAUUCAUUCACAACGCGACAGAAGCUAGCACAUCGCGACAAGGUGUGACUGCGGAUUCUGGUACGCAGACAAUGGUGUCUUCGGAACCAAGAUCUGAUAAGUACCAUGAGCCAGGUACAUCCGCUUCAAACACGUUGUUAUGGCGGGAGUUACGACGACAACGUGAGCUACAAGAACAGAAAUUAAAGAAACGAAAAGAAAGAUUAUUGUUAGAACGAAAAGGGCGAAGAUCUGGAUUAGAAAAUGCUUCAGAGGAUGAAGGUUUUGGUCGUAGUACAUUAAGUGCAGAUAUUACUACAGCAACAUGGGGUGGUUCAACACAAAUGAGUAGCACUCAAAAUGACUCUGCCGUAUCUGAAGGAUCGUCACAUGAUAGUGAUGAAGAGAUCUUAGUGGAGGUUGAAGACGACGGGUCGGAUGGUAUUGUUCAGGCUGAAGAGGAAGAGGAGGCGAAUUCUGAAGUUGAUAUUUAUCCAACAACAUCCACCGCUAACCGAAAGCAAGCUCCAAAAAGCGGAGUAAAGCAGAAUGCAAGCCAGAAACGUUUGUUAUUUGAAGGAUUACGCAAACAAGACUUAGAAAGGCAUGAAAGAUUUAAAGGGUGGCAAAACUCAUUGUUCCCGUCUGGAAAUAAGAGAGGUGCUAAAAAACCGCAGCGUUUCUCCAAUCACGAGGAACUUACUGAAGAGGAAAUGUACAAUGCCCGGGAAAGGUCAAUGUGGGAAAGGCAAUGUGACGUUUUGCAAGGACAGUUAGAGAACACCACUUCACUUUGCAAUACAUUAUUACGAGACCAGCAAACGCUCAUAUCUGUUCUUUUAAAUCGCGGAGAAACACCUCAGCCUUCAACAUUUGGUCCAAAUUCUUUCAAUCAGUAUCAACAACGACAACAAGAUGCAUUACAAGGGAUUCAGAACUAUUUCGAACAACAACGUUUCCUUGUACAACAACAACAAAUGCUGCAGAAUCUCACUGAGUGCUACUCACAGAUGCAACAACAACAUGAAGACAUGUUGCAUUUACAACAAAGUUUUGAACAAUUGUUCACACAUCCCAACCCGGAAUCCGAAGGACUGACUCCAAAUGCCAGACCCUCAGCAACACCAAACGCACCACCGUCCACGUUAGCGGAUAGUCGCGCUUCCAACUCGUUUAGUUUCCAACCAUCUACAUCCUUAAAUUAUCGCCCCCAGGACUCUGUGCGUGAAACUCCUCCACCGUCACCGUUUACGACUUCACAGGCCCAGCCGUCAGUUGAACGCCACGUCGCUACAGCGUAUUCUUCAGCGUCUCAGCAGCGUCGUUAUCCAUCUGUAUCGUUCCCUUGGCUACCAGGACUGCGAAAUAGACAAUUCCAGUUUGUAGGAAGCACCAACCCCGACACAGGUGUUCCAAGUCCUGAAGCAAGCGCCAGUCAAGUGCACAAUCAAGUACGAGGUCCUGUUACACCUGUUUCAGCACGAGUUGUAAGUGCCACCAAUACCAGAGCUGGAAAUCCAACGAGUGCUUACAACCCUACGACUUACAGUGAUUCUCAAGCAAUUGGUAGUGGUAGUGGUAAUGUUGUGGUUGGUAAACAGUUUCCUACUCCCCUACGUGCUACAGCUGCAGCGCAGUUGGCCGAGCAAGAUAAAUCAAAUUGGCGUGGAGUGAAGAGAAGAAGACAAGAGGAUAAAAUGGAAACGGACUCUAUUUCAUCUCAUCAAUCAAGUUUGCCCGGGGAUUCGGAAAAGCCCGGGACGGAAUCUGAUGCUCAAAGUGAUUACUCCUUGUUUGAAGCUCUCCGCGACUCAAUUUACGCUGAAGUUGCGACUCUUAUAUCACAGAACGAAUCCAGACCACAUUUCUUGAUUGAACUGUUCCGGGAACUACAACUCCUGGGUUCAGACUAUCUACGACAGCGUGCGCUGUAUUCCUUGAGAGAUUUGGUUACUCGCUUCUUAAAGGACGACCCUCCUGGAGGAACAAUUGAGUCUGCAAUGGGUGCAUACUCUUGGCUUGCAUCAGCAUCAGAGCAGACACCCAGUGAAAGCGCUGGUUUCUCAGAGACCGACCAAGAUCAGGAUAAAACGAAAGUGCCUGAAAUCUCGACACAAGGUAUCUACGACUAUGUUGAAGCAGUGGACUCGGGAAGUUCAUUAUCCACACCAAAUAGCGGCAACCAUGAACCUUUUGCAUCCGAAUUUCUUGGUGAAACAGUUAUUCACUUGGACAAGGCUCUGAAAUCAAUGCGGGAACGUGGUGAGUCGGAAUGUUCCAGCGCUACAGGAAAUGAAGGCGCAACUGCCGUUGGACAAGGCGAAACAAGCUCCGCUGGUGAUGUAGCGAGUGAAUCUUCACUACCAGAUAUACAAUAUCCAAAGAUUGAUACUCAAGCAUUGGAUCGUCAAAUAAAGAAGAUUAUGGCGAAAGUCAUACCGUGUUUGGAUGAUCACAUGGAAGACACGUGCUCGGUAGAAUUGCUGGAGUAUAUAAGAAAAAUGGUUAUGGGUAUGCUACAAGAAAAAAACGAAGCAAAAGAAUUUAGCAGAUUCUUCCACAAGCAGUUGGAAUCUAUAUUACAAGAUUCUCUUGCAAAAUUUAUUGGGAAACGUAUGAAAGACUGCGGUGAAGAUCUGUUAGUGGAUAUUUCAGAAAUACUUUUCAACGAACUGGCAUUUUACAAACUGAUGCAGGAACUUGAUGGAGGAGCAAAGGCUAAAUUUUUCAACAGAGAACAGAAAUAUAGAAUGGAAAAUGCGGCAGCUCGUAAAAACUCAUCCCAGGAAGAAAAGACUGUGGAAACCAGCCGAAACACAACAGAAGUGACAGACGAUAAUGAAGUCCUUGUGGAGAACGAGAAUGCUGAAGACCAGGAGGAUGAAGGUUCCUCUAGUUCAUCGUCAGAAUGGCAGGUUGUUGAUGAAACAUCUGAGGAUAAACCACAGGAUAUGAUAUCACGUGAACAGCUUGAGCGAGAUGAAGAAACGUUAGGACGAGAUAGAGAUGAUGCUAUGGCUGUAGAGUUUGAUGAACCCACCCAAGCAGAAGCUGCCGACACAGAAUCAUCUCAGUGUAUCAAAGUUGUUGAACUUUCUAUGAGUGAAUCGAGACCACUGGCAAGUGACGAUGAAGAGGAGAGCGAAGUGGACAUAGCUGGUGAUGGUAAUGAGAAUGAAGAGAAUGCUGAAGGUGCAGUGUGGAAUGCAAGUGUGGCAAAUGGAAAUCAAGGAGCUCAUAACAACAUGUUAUCAAGUCAAAUGGCUGCUGAUAAUGGAGCUGAGGCAGUUGCAGAGGAUGAGGAAGGUGCAACUGGCGGUAACGAAAAUAAACAGGAAGAAGACCAAGAUGACGACCUUCCUACAAAGUUCACAGGCUUGACAGAGGCUGAUUUACAAGUAAAGAUUGCAGAGGAACAAAGUCGUAAUGAUGGCAUUCAUGGUAUAGUUGUCUCCAUGGAUAACGGAGAUGAACUUGCAGGAGAUCCCAACGCUAUCCCAGAACCAGAAGGAUCAGCUUUAGUCAAUGGAAAUCUUGACGAGCCUGAAAACUGAACUUUUCACUCCAGUAAUACGUCGUACGAUGGCAUAUCAGACCUUUUGAGAUUAAACUUCUUUAGUAGUGACGUCAUGUUUUAUUUAUUAUCUAUACAUUUUCACAUAUCACGGCAUCAGUACAAUACUGUACAUUGGCCACCUAAAUGUGAACCAAGAGACCAAUUUAUACUUCGGUAACUAAAACAAUGCAACCCAAUUUCUCCUGGCUCAGGUCUAUAAAUCCAGAUUCGUGUAUGCCAAGUGUUAAUUACUGAUCUGAAAGUGAGCUGCAGUAUGGCCGCUAACUUUUAUUCAAAAGCAGAAAGUCAAGUCUGUUGUCAGUAAUUGUCGCCAAUAAAGUAGAUUCGGGUUAGUUUCAUAACUAUUUCAGAAUAGACUGCACAAUUGAGCAUGAGUCGGUUAUCUAAUGUAAUAAACGAGUUCAACAUCAACCAGGGUUGCUUUGUUUUUAACUCCAAAUCUCAAAACCGAAUUGUACUAUCUUUAGUUUGAGCUUUUGUCGUUUUGAGAUUUGCUCUUCAAGCCUGGUUUCCAUAUGACGCCGACGUCGGCAAAGUAGUAUUAUUGUCGGUGAUUAUUGAUGAGUGAAAUCUUUUGUCUUCCUGAAAUCAUUUUCUUCUUGGAUGAUUAUACAUGUCUGUAAUCAUCCAAGGAGAAAAUGAUUUCAGAAAGAUAUCACUCAUGAAUAAUUACCGACAAUAAUACUCUGCCGGCGUCGGCGUCAUAUGGAAACCAGGAUUUAAGCCUGAUUCUCAUAUAUGUCACCGACGGUCGGCGAUGUAUUGUUUGUGGUGGUUGACGAAGAAAAUUUAUACAAAAUAACAAAGCACUUUACUCAUCAGUGAUCACCGACAAUAGCCAUCGCCGACCGUCGGUGACAUGAGAAUCAGGCUUUAGAAGCGGUCUGUUAAGAACUGUAAGAUGUUUGUAUAAUUAGCUAAUUUAUUUUGCAUAAAUAUUUGUUUAGUUACGUGUAAACUCUAUAUUUAGUCAACUAUAUACAAGAGAGUGUGUUAUAAUAUAUUACUUUAA